AUGGUCGGUCAGUUCGGUAGGGACCCUCUUGGGGCCCUUCUGAACCAGGAAAACACAGUGCCUGUUCGCCGGCUCAGUGGUGUGAACACCAAAAGCCCUCUUGUGGCCAGCAUGCCGGAUGAGAAGAAACCGAUCCCUACAGACGAGGACGAUGAUGAAGAUGCGGAAGAGGAGAACAUGGACGCUCUCAUUGACGAUCUCCAAACAGUGGACGGUGACGUUGACAUGGAUGAUGAUAUAGCCAUUGACACAGGUGUCAUUACUCGUCGUGUUUCCGAUGAGAUGCUGCAGACAGACCCAGAAAAAGGUCUCAGCGAAAUCGAGGCUCAGCAUCGACGGAGAAAGUACGGUCCCAAUAGGAUGAAGGAAGAAAAGGAAAACCUUCUGCUCAAAUUUUUGUCCUUCUUCGUUGGACCUGUCCAGUUUGUAAUGGAGGGUGCUGCUGUCUUGGCCGCCGGGCUUCGAGAUUGGGUCGAUUUCGGUGUCAUAUGUGCGCUUCUUUUGCUCAACGCAUCUGUGGGCUUUAUUCAGGAAUUUCAGGCGGGAUCUAUUGUCGAUGAGCUCAAGAAAACACUCGCUCUCAAAGCAAUUGUCUGCCGCGAAGGUCAGUUCAAUGAAAUUGACGCCGCGGACAUCGUGCCUGGAGAUAUAGUCAGAAUCGAGGAGGGCACAAUCGUACCGGCCGAUGGCCGGAUAGUGUCGUCCAACCUUAUCCAGGUGGACCAAUCUUCGAUCACUGGUGAAUCUCUGGCAGUCGAUAAACACAAAGGGGAUACCUGUUACGCAUCGUCUGCCGUCAAGCGUGGUCGAGCAAUGAUCGUUGUUACUGCCACUGGUGAUUAUACCUUUGUCGGACAGGCUGCCGCAUUAGUUAAUGCUGCAUCCUCUGGAUCAGGCCACUUCACUGAAGUGCUCAAUGGUAUCGGCGCUGUCCUCCUUGUCCUGGUCAUCAUAACCUUGCUUGUUGUGUGGGUUUCGUCUUUUUACCGCUCAAAUGGCAUCAUUACGAUACUCGAGUUCACCUUGGCCAUUACUAUUAUCGGUGUACCUGUCGGUCUCCCUGCCGUUGUCACGACUACAAUGGCGGUAGGCGCUGCGUACCUAGCUAAGAAACAGGCCAUUGUGCAAAGAUUAUCGGCGAUUGAGUCUCUGGCUGGUGUCGAGAUCCUCUGCUCUGACAAGACUGGCACACUGACCAAAAAUAAGCUAUCAUUGUCAGAGCCAUACACUGUUGCUGGGGUUGAACCGGACGAUCUCAUGUUGACUGCUUGCUUGGCUGCCUCGAGGAAGAAGAAGGGCAUGGAUGCCAUUGACAAAGCAUUUUUCAAAGCACUCCGACAUUAUCCGUGUGCAAAAGCUGCGCUUACGCAAUACAAGGUGCUGGAAUUCCAUCCAUUUGAUCCAGUUUCAAAGAAAGUCACGGCUGUAGUGCAGUCGCCCCAGGGUCGCCGAAUGACCUGUGUCAAAGGCGCUCCUCUGUUCGUUCUCAAGACCGUCGAGGAGGACCAUCCCAUUCCAGAGGAGAUUGAUACCGCAUAUAAGAAUAAAGUCGCUGAAUUUGCAACUCGCGGUUUCCGUUCGCUUGGGGUUGCUCGCAAACGCGAUCAGGGCAGUUGGGAGAUACUCGGUAUCAUGCCAUGUUCCGACCCUCCACGGUACGAUACUGCGAAAACUAUUAGUGAGGCGAAGAGCCUGGGCCUCUCGAUCAAAAUGCUAACCGGUGAUGCUGUUGGAAUCGCUCGAGAGACUUCGCGUCAACUUGGACUCGGCACCAAUGUGUAUAACGCGGAGCGGCUCGGUCUUGGAGGUGGAGGAACAAUGCCUGGAUCAGAGGUGUAUGACUUUGUCGAAGCUGCCGACGGCUUCGCGGAGGUCUUUCCGCAGCACAAAUACAACGUUGUGGAGAUUCUACAGCAACGUGGAUACCUUGUGGCAAUGACGGGUGACGGCGUCAACGAUGCCCCUUCACUCAAGAAAGCCGAUACUGGUAUUGCUGUUGAAGGAUCCUCUGAUGCGGCGCGCUCUGCUGCUGAUAUUGUCUUUCUUGCUCCCGGCUUGUCUGCCAUAAUUGAUGCAUUGAAGACUUCACGUCAGAUAUUUCACCGCAUGUACGCAUAUGUGGUGUAUCGGAUAGCCUUGUCGUUGCACCUCGAGAUUUUUCUCGGCUUGUGGAUUGCAAUCUUGAACGAAAGUCUCAACCUACAGCUCGUUGUUUUCAUCGCCAUCUUUGCUGAUAUUGCCACACUUGCCAUUGCCUACGAUAACGCUCCGUACUCCAAGACCCCUGUGAAGUGGAACCUCCCCAAGCUAUGGGGUAUGUCUAUUCUUCUUGGUCUUGUACUUGCCGCAGGGACUUGGGUUGCACUUACCACUAUCAUGAACAGUGGCGAAGAAGGUGGCAUCAUCCAGAAUUUUGGAGAACGCGACGAGGUUCUGUUCCUCGAGAUAUCACUGACCGAGAAUUGGCUCAUUUUCAUCACCCGUGCGAAUGGGCCCUUCUGGUCAUCAAUGCCUUCUUGGCAAUUGACAGGAGCCAUUCUAGUUGUCGAUCUCGUGGCUACGUUUUUCUGCAUAUUCGGUUGGUUCGUCGGCGGCCAAACCUCGAUUGUUGCUGUUGUCCGUAUCUGGGUCUUCUCGUUUGGUGUUUUCUGCAUCAUGGGUGGCCUUUAUUACCUGCUGCAGGGCUCGACGGGCUUUGACAAUCUUAUGAAUGGCAAAAGCUUUAGCCGAAGCGUGAAACAGAGAUCUCUCGAGGAUUUCGUGGUCUCGCUUCAAAGGGUCUCAACACAGCAUGAGAAGAACAACCCUUGA